AUGCCUGCUGUUGACACUAUGGACUCUGUUCCUGCCACCUCUGCCAAAGAGACCAAGCAGUCUGUCGCCACUCUCGAGCAGCUGCUGCAGAAAUUGUCGGUCUCCAAGGCUCAAGAUGAGGCCAACGCAGCUGCUGGCAACAUCGCCACUUUCCUAAACGGCCCUAUCGAAGAGCACGCAGUGCCCCUCAAAGCGGUCGAAACUUUCAAGAAACAACUUGCCAACAAGAAAGAUGCUCUCGUUAGAGAGCGCGCCGUCGAUGGCAUCAAAGCCAUUGCCGAACACUCCACUGUUUCUCCCGCUGUUGAGCCUUAUCUUGUCUCCCUCCUGCCGCUGGCUCUGGCGGCGGUGGGCGAUAAGAUGGUUUCCGUCAAGAAUGCUGCGCAGGCCGCGUCUCUUGCCAUUGUCAAGGCCAUCAACCCUAACGCGGUCAAGGCCGCUCUUCCUCACAUCCGAAAUUCGAUUAUCACCGCCCAAAAAUGGCCCGAGAAGAUGACUGGUCUCGACUGCGUCGAAUCAUUCGUGGAGACUGCACCUACUCAGCUCUCCUUCCUUGUCCCAACCCUCAUUCCUAUCGUGUCCGAAUCGAUGUGGGACACCAAACCCGAAGUCAAGAAGAAGGCAUAUGGCACAAUGGAAAAACUUUGCAAAUUGAUCGAAAACAAGGAUAUUGAGAAGUUCAUUCCGGAACUGAUCAAGUGUAUCGCAAAGCCUGAGAAUGUCCCCGAAACCGUUCACCUGCUCGGUGCUACCACCUUCGUCACGGAUGUGCACGAGCCAACUCUCGCCAUCAUGGUUCCUCUUCUCGAGCGCGGUUUGGCCGAGCGUGAUACCGCCAUCAAGAGAAAAUCGGCCGUCAUCGUUGACAACAUGUGCAAACUCGUCGAGGAUCCUCAAAUUGUGGCCGCUUUCUUGCCUAAGUUGAUGCCUGCUCUCACCAAGAAUUACGAGAACAUGGCCGAUCCCGAGGCUCGUGAGAAGACCAGGCAAGGCCUUGAAACUCUCAAACGAGUGGGUGCGGUUAAACCAGAUGGCACGGCCCCCAAGGUUUCCACUGCUGGCGAGAUUUCCACCGUUUCCGCCAUUCUCAAGUCGAUUCUUGAGCAGAAACACAAAGAUGCGGUCACCAAGUCUGGGCCUGUUAUCGAGUACAUUUCUGCCAUUGCCGGUCAAUUGGUUGAGGAGAAGAUCAUCGACGCUCCUGACUGGGUCUCCAACACGGUCGAAUACCUCAAAUCCAUCGUUGGCGAGGCUGAGGCACCAUCCGUUGCUGAACAACUCCGCAAACGUGCCUCUCCCGGCGUUGAAGACGAGGCCGAAGUUGAACCUGAUGAAGAAGAGGGCGAGGAUCUCUGCAACUGCACAUUCAACUUGGCCUAUGGUGCUAAGAUUCUUCUUAACCAGACUCAUCUCCGACUCAAGCGUGGUCAGCGCUACGGUCUGUUGGGUCCCAAUGGUUCUGGCAAAUCUACCUUGAUGCGUGCUAUCAACAACGAGCAAGUCGAAGGUUUCCCCAAGAAGGACGAAGUCAAGACGGUGUUCGUAGAACACGACCUUGAUGCUGCCGAUACUGAGCUCUCCGUCAUUGGCUGGACCGAGAUGAAGCUGAAACAGGUCAACAUUGACACUCCUCGAUCUGAGAUUGAGGCCAAACUUCUCGAAUUCGGUUUCCUCCAAUCUCAAAUGGAAGCUCCGAUUACCUCGCUCUCCGGUGGUUGGAAGAUGAAGCUUGCUCUUGCCCGUGCCGUUUUUGAAGCUCCUGACAUCCUGCUUCUGGACGAACCCACGAACCAUUUGGAUGUGAAGAACGUUGCCUGGCUUGAACAAUACCUCAUCAACUCACCCUGCACCUCUAUCAUCGUCUCGCACGACUCCAAAUUCUUGAACAAUGUCAUUCAACAUGUCAUCCACUACGAACGCUUCAAGCUCCGUCGGUACCGUGGUAACCUGACUGAGUUCGCCAAGAGAGUGCCAUCUGCCCGCUCUUACUUCGAGCUCGGUGCUUCUGAGCUGGAGUUCAAGUUCCCCGAACCAGGUUUCCUCGAGGGUGUCAAGACCAAGGCCAAAGCUAUUGUCCGAGUCAGCAAGAUGUCCUUCCAAUACCCCGGCACCGAUAAGCCUCAAAUCUCCGACAUUACUUUCCAGGUUUCCCUUGGCUCUCGGAUUGCUGUGAUCGGACCUAACGGUGCCGGCAAGUCCACUUUGGUCAACGUUCUCACUGGUGAAUUGAUUCCCACUUCCGGCGAAGUCUACCAACACGAGAACAUUCGCAUUGCCUACAUCAAGCAACACGCCUUCGCCCACAUUGAUAACCACCUUGACAAGACUCCGUCCGAGUACAUCCAAUGGCGAUUUCAGACCGGUGAGGAUCGUGAGACCAUGGAUCGUGCCAACAAGAUCGUCACCGAGGACGAUGAAAAGGCCAUGGACAAGAUUUACAAGAUCGAUGGGACUCAACGUCGUGUCAUCGGCAUUCAUGCUCGUAGAAAGUUUAAGAACUCCUACGAGUAUGAGUGCUCAUUCGCUCUCGGCGAAAAUGUUGGCCAGAAGAAUGAGAAAUGGACUCCCAUGAUGACGGCUGACAAUGCCUGGAUUCCUCGCUCUGAAAUUCUUGCUUCCCAUCAAAAGAUGGUUGCUGAGGUCGAUCAGAAGGAGGCGUUGGCCAGUGGUCAAUUCCGACCUCUUAUUCGACGAGAAAUCGAACAACACGGCGCUAAUUUCGGUCUCGACGCGGAACUCAUCUCUCACUCUCGCAUGCGUGGUCUGUCUGGUGGGCAGCGUGUCAAGGUCGUUCUCGCUGCUUGCACAUGGCAACGUCCUCACUUGAUCGUUCUCGAUGAACCGACCAACUACCUUGACCGGGACUCGCUGGGCGCUCUGUCCAAGGCUCUCAAGGAGUUUGAGGGUGGUGUAGUCAUCAUUUCCCACAAUGCUGAGUUCACAGAGAGCCUCACGAAUGAGGUCUGGUCUGUACUCAACGGCAAAAUGACACCGUCAGGGCACAACUGGGUUCAAGGUCAAGGAACGGGACCGCGUCUGACCGAGAAAGGAAACGAUGAAGAAGAGAAGUUUGAUGCUAUGGGGAACAAGAUUGAGGGCAACAAGAAAGCAAAGAAACUCACAUCCUCUGAGAUGCGGAAAAAGAAGAAGGAACGUAUGGCGCGUCGCAAGCGUGGCGAGGAGGUCUUCUCUGACGAAGACGAAUAA